AUGGCCAGCUCGACGGCGAGCCAGGUCAAUGGCCAUGGCAGCGGCCCUCUAUCGUCUCCAGAGCUUGCCAACGGCCACAGCACGAGCACGCCCGGCGGCACCCUCGACCACAGCAACGGCGACGGCGACGGCGACAUCUACAACGCCAGCUCCGUGGCGGCCAUCAAGGCGACGCUCUCGCAGCUGCAGGACCGAGAAGCCCUGGUGACGGCCCGUCUCGAUGCCCUGGUGGCCUCGCAAAAGGAUCUCUCGCGUGAACUCGGCCGUCUCGAUCUGCUGCGUGCCCAUCUGGGGACGCAGGCCAGCACCACCCGCUCCAUCAGCCAUGAGAUGCUGUCCGGGGCGGCCUCGUCUGCACAUUCGCUGUCGAGCGCCGUCCGCAAGCUGGAUCUCGAGCAGUCCCGCGUCAGAUCGAUACUAGACAUGGUCGGGCAGGUUGCAGAGCUCAAGGCCUGCGUGCUGGGGGUUGCGGGCUCGAUGGGGGCCUCGCAGAACUGGGAGAUGGCGGCCUCCUACAUGCACCGCGCAUCCAAGAUACCGGAGGAAGUGGUGAAUAGUCCCUUUGCUGCGGAGAUUGUGCCUACGACGGAGGUGCCAGAUACCCCCAAUGUGACGCUGUCGAACGCAGCCGAGUCCCUCUGUGCCCUGUUUCUACGGGAGUUUGAGCAGGCCGUGAAGGAGAACGACGGGGCCAAGAUCACUCGGUUCUUCAAGCUGUUCCCAUUAAUCGGCAAGUCAGAUGUUGGCCUUGACGUGUAUGGCCGGUAUGUGUGCCAGGGAGUAGCUGCAAGAGCUCGCUCGAACCUCAAUGCCGGGACGGGGGGAGCACAGGCAAAGGACGACUUCUUCUACGCCAAUGCCUUGACCAGGCUGUUCGAACACAUUGCUCAGAUCGUGGAUGCCCAUGGAGCCUUGGUUGAAAGACACUACGGCCCGGGGAAGAUGGGUCGAGUGGUGGAGCGGCUACAGGUCGAGGCGGAUGUUCAGGGGGGCAUCAUCCUGGAGUCAUGGGCAGAGGAGCGUCAUGUCGACCGCAAACUGACCGAUAUCAAGUCGUAUGCAUUUACAUUCUUGGUCCAGAGUUUCCUGCCGGCCGCCAGGGGUGCUGGUACUCCGCGGUCGAAUUCUCCGGCGAGCUGGGAUACGCCGCAGCGGAACAGUGAAGACGAAGGGGUCGAUAUGAAGGAGAUUGAUUCCAUAUUAAACGAGAUAUCAAUCAUGCUUGGCCGGUGGUCUCUCUACGGAAGGUUUCUAGCUAGUAAAUGCAAGGUACGUAGCCUUUUAGAUCAUGUUUACUACUCUUUUUCAAUACUAGACGAUACUAAUAUCAGAAUGCAGGAAAAUGGCGAUGGUGAUGAUGAUGACGAGCUAGAGCUACCGUCCUUCUUGACAGGCUCUCCCCUAGCCCAAAAGGUAGAUACCAAGCUGUUGUCACCGUAUAACGCGAUGACAACCUUCUUCCUGCGUCGUUCGGUGGAAAAGGCCUUUCAGCUGGAUGAGCCGCCCGUUGAUCUCACCUUGGACCUUCGGAAGCCAUUGGUAUCUAACCCACCCCAUAUCACAUCAGUCGUGGAUGAUAUCAUGUACAUCGUGAACAAAGUCAUACAACAGACCCUGGCGACAGCUCAGCGGUCGGCAGUCACCAGCGUGGUGCCUACGAUAGCCCGAGUGCUUGGUGCUGAUUUCAUCGGCAUGGUACACCGAAAGAUGCGAGACGAAACGCACCCCAGACCCGUUGUGCCAGGCGGCCAGCCUCCCCCUGCUAUGGUGGUGUCCUUUCUCGUGCUCGUCAACAACCUAGACGUUGCUGUCGACUACUUGGAGCGCAUUGUGAAACGGCACAUGGAGUCUACAGAUACCGGGGCCGACGUAACCAAUGAUGCCAGCGCUCAACCCCGGAUAUCGAUGCUGUUCCCGCUUGCGGACGAUGCCCAGGUGGUCCUGAGUACGCUACGGUCCUUGUCUGCUACCUUUACGUCCAAAGCACAGGAUCUCAUCGGCGAUGGCAUCCAAGUCAUAUUCAACAACGUGCUCAAGUCCCGUCUCCGUCCUAUCCUUGCAGACGCCUUCCGGGACGCCGAGUACCAGCCUCCGGACGGCGAAGGAGAAGAUGGAGCGUACGGAGCAGGCCCAGGCGCUGAGGACGACGCCCUGAUGCACCAUGAAACCGGGCAUCAUCACGGCCUGGUCCGCCAGCGGUUUGCAGCUGGCUGGCGGGACCUCAUGCUGCCAAUAGCUCGCAUUUUGACCGCCAACACCUUUGACCGCUUGCUCGGGGUGACGCUGACAUCGUUGUCGAGGCUGCUGGAAAAACGGCUCUGGUCUUACCACGGCCGUGUCAACGCCCUGGGGACCACCAGGCUAGAGCGAGACGUCACUGGGAUAAUAGCCGCCGCAGUAGACGUGGCUGAGGGUCACCACCAUGAUGCUGCUGCCACUGCUGCUGGGGAGCGAGGAGGCAGCAUUGGCGGCAGAGCAGGCCGGUACCGUCACCGCGAGACCUUUGCCCGGUGCACGCAGAUAGUGAUGGUCAUGGGCAUGGAGGAGGAGGAGUGGGAGGAGAUCUCGCAGGCGGACGGCGACGUGGUGGACAAGCUGUCGGUGGAAGAGCGGGCCCGCGCCAGGUCGAUGGUAGUAUAG